AGUUCCGCUUCCCCAGAUACUUGAAUCUCCAGUGGCCCUCCGGAAUCCUAGCUUUGAAUUGUUCUCGGAUAGAGUUUUGCCUUACAAGAACUCCGACAUUCCCAGUCUUGUGCACCAAUGAGUACCGACUCUGAGGAUUCUUUCCUGAGAGGAAGUUUGAAAGACAAUGAUUGUUUCCGGGAGGAGCUGAGAAGACGACACUCACUUCCGGCGGGGGAGGCUUUCUGACCCGGAAUGGAGGCGGCGGAGGAGCCGCUCUUGGAGGGGAAGGCUCUGCCGCUCGCCCCCGAGCCGCGCCUGGGCCUGGACUUAGGAUGGAGCCCCUCCGGAGAAGACUGUGCGCCGGGCCUCAGAGACUUCCUGCCAAGGCCGACCCGAGCCAUCCUCGCUCUCAAGAGCCUCCCCCGGGGCUUGGCCCUUGGCCUCUCACUCGCCAAAGAACAGCGCUUGGGGGUCUGGUGUGUCGGGGAGUCCCUGCAGCCAGGACUGCUUUGGGGGCCGCUGGAAGAGGAGUCUGUCUCCGAGAAGGACGAGGGAGUGAAGCCUGCGCAGGAGGACCUGUCAUUAGACCCAUGGGGAGAUGUGUACGCCUGUGAACAGAGUUUAGACUGGACCAGUUUGGUGCAGCGAGGCAGGCUGGAGAGUGAGGGAAAUGUGGCCCCCAUGCGGAUCAGCGAGAGGCUUCAUCUGCAGGUAUACCAAGUCGUGCUGCCUGGCUGUGAGCUGCUGCUGUGGCCCCGGCCUCCCUCUGAGGGCCUAAGCCCCACACAGCCUGGGCUCGAGGAAGAGGCAGCUGUGGCAGUGGUGGCAGAAGAGGAAUCUGCUGUACAACAGGAAGUGGACUCCCCGGGGGAGGAUACAGCAGAACCUUGCACAGAUCCUGGUCAUCAGUCACCCCCUAUGAUCCAGGCAGAGAGUACAGUGAGCCCUGGAUUUAAGUCCCAAACCCAGGACCAAGUUUCCACAGAUCACCAAGCACAGGUGCCACCUGAAUGUCAGAGCACCUCAACUACCCAGCAGGGCCCAGAGAGCAGUGAAGCCAGUUUCUCAUCUUCUGCCAGGGGCAUCCAGCUGCAGACCCACUUGACCAAGAAGUUACGUAGCCCCAGUGAUAAAAGUUCACUCAGAGCAAAGGCCUCGGGGCCUGGGGCCCAGCACCCCGGCUUUCCUGUGCUCUCGCGGAGACCUCCUGGCCCAGCAGGAAGCUCUCCAAAGCAAGGGCGACGGUACCGGUGUGGGGAGUGUGGCAAGGCAUUCCUGCAGCUGUGCCACUUGAAGAAGCAUGCAUUCGUGCACACAGGCCACAAGCCUUUUCUUUGCACAGAGUGUGGCAAGAGCUAUAGCUCAGAGGAAAGCUUCAAGGCCCACAUGCUUGGCCACCGUGGGGUGCGGCCCUUCCCUUGCCCACAGUGCGACAAGGCCUAUGGCACUCGGCGAGACCUCAGAGAGCACCAGGUGGUACAUUCAGGUGCCCGGCCCUUUGCUUGUGACCAGUGUGGCAAGGCCUUUGCCCGCCGUCCCUCCCUGCGGCUACAUCGCAAGACCCACCAACUGCCUACUGCCCCUGCCCCAUGCCCAUGUCCCGUGUGUGGGCGGCUCCUGGCCAACCAGGGCUCCCUGCGGAACCACAUGCGGCUCCACACAGGGGAGAAGCCCUUUCUGUGCCCACACUGUGGCCGGGCGUUCCGCCAGCGGGGCAACCUGCGUGGGCACUUGCGGCUGCACACUGGAGAGCGUCCUUACCGCUGCCCACACUGCACCGAUGCCUUUCCCCAGCUGCCUGAGCUGCGGCGCCAUCUCAUCUCCCAUACUGGGGAAGCCCACUUGUGUCCCGUGUGUGGGAAGGCCCUCCGCGACCCACACACGCUCCGUGCUCACGAGCGUCUACACUCUGGAGAGAGGCCCUUCCCGUGCCCCCAGUGUGACCGUGCUUACACCCUGGCUACCAAGCUGCGACGCCACCUCAAAUCCCACCUGGCGGACAAGCCCUACCGCUGCCCCACCUGUGGCAUGGGCUACACCCUCCCCCAGAGCCUCAAGCGGCACCAACUGAGCCACCAGCCUGAGGCACCCUCCAGCCCCCCCUCUGUGUCUCCUGCUUCUGAGCCCAUGGUGGUGCUUCUGCAGACGGGGCCAGGGCUGCUAGACACAUGCAGUGAACAGGAAGUCUCCCCAGCCAGGGACAUCGUCGAGGUGGCCAUUUCCGAGAGCCCAGAGAAGUGCUUUGUGGUGCCAGAGCAGCCGGGCCCCGCCAGCCUCGUGCUCAUCCACAGGGACACAGGCUUGAGCGCCUGGGCAGAAGUGGUGGAGCUGGAGACGGGCACCUGACACCUCCCCUUCUCCCGGCAGUGCCCAUAAAGACUUGUGUUUUCUA